GCCCACUCUACUUGCCCCACAAGCAACGCCUGGUCACAGUCGCCGUAUACAGACGCAACACACCGCACCAUGGCUUCAGAUCAAGCCUCCAUCCUGAGCUGCACCCUGUGCGGCAAGACCUUUGACAGAUCAUCGACUCUGAAAAGACACGGCUACUACUGUCGAACUCGAAACGGCGUCCAACCCCCCCGUGCGCGAGCCUGCGUGUCCUGCGUGAGCACGAAAACGAGAUGCGACAACGCAAGGCCUGCUUGCUCGAGAUGCAACGCCAAAGGUCUCCCUUGUCGAUACCCUGCGAGAGCGAUUCGCGCGGCCGAGAUGAGAGGCGCUCGCGUGCCGUCGACGACUGAACAGAAGAAGCCUGCGCCCGCGUUUGAUCCGAUGCCCGCCUCGGUCGCCCAGACCAGCGCUCUUCUCCACUUGGCCAGCGAUAUCGACGGCGUCGCGUACGACCCCACGUUGUCAUCAUGGCCGCCUCAGGAAACGCUGGGAUUCGACCCGGGCUUUGGCGCCUGGGAUGAUAUCGACUGGCAAUUUCUUCUGUCCGAUGCCGGGCCGUACUCUUCGUCAUUCUCGCCAACCACGGGGCCAGACAGCGAGACACCAUCGUCCUCGUCCGAUAACCGGCUCGGCCCUCAAAGCGUGACGACCGCUCCCGAGUCGCAGAUACCGAGAUUGCCGACCCUUGACAUGCCGUCCAUCCUUCGCCGCCAGCACGCCGACGCGGGCGCGCAGCGCGUCUCGCAGAUCAUACUGCAGACGCUCAAGUCCUAUCCGCUGAUGAUGAUGCGCCAGAAGACCCCUCCGCCGUUUCUCCAUCCCUCCCUGCUGGCAACCAGCGCAACUGACGGCGCGGCCGACGACACGACCGAAAGCCUUGAACCGUGGCACAACUGCAUGAGCCUAGUGUACAUGGCAAACAGCAAAAUCAAGGGCAGCCGCAGACUGUUCUGGAGAAACGUCCAGGCUGAGUGUGAGCGCUUUUGCCAACGGCAUUUCGAGCUCGACAGGUGGGAGCUUCUUGCCACGAUGCAGGCAUUGGCUAUAUAUGUCAUAAUGAGAAUAGACGAGACACCAGAAGAGAACCAGCAAGAGGCUAAAAUUGACGGGCUGCUGCUCAGAGCUGUCACGGUCAUCGCUAUUCAGUUCUUGGCCGUUGAUUUCAGGUCCGGCUCGUGCUCGACGCCCUAUACUGCCUGGAAAAACUGGAUUCUGGAAGAGUCAGGACGAAGACUCUGUGUCCUGUUUAAAGUCAUCAGCAUGCUUGUGUCGUUUGAGCCGGCCAAAAUGUGUAAAGCCGUCGGCGACGUCAUCCUGGCUCCUCUGCCCGCCCAGAAGCAGCUGUGGGAGGCACCAGACCACAACAUCUGGAAGCGCGACGGCGAGACGGAGUCGGGCGCCCAGAUGGAAUUCGGGUUGACCAAGAACGGCCAACUCGUCAGGCUCGGCGGGGACGCAGAAGCAACAGCAGCGAUUACAGGCGACGACAUAGCAGCGCCACCCAGCACCAUCGAGUGGAACGAGUGGUGUUCGGGCAUGGAUGGCAUCGGCAAUCUCGUUAUGCUUGCUGCGUCUAUGAUGCAGCAGUUCUAAAUGACUGUUUAUUUUGUUUUAUAUCUCCCCCCCGGAAUACGGAGUUCCACAGAGAGACUGUCUUCUUAUAUUCUUUUUUUCUUUCUUUUAAAAAGAGCUACUUCUUCUUGCCACAUGUUGAAACGCCAGUAAAAGAUACCGAGUUGAUGGACAAGGGUUGUACAUGUUACUGUUG